GUAAAAGCUGCCCUCGGGGUCAUUCACCUUCUUAUAAAUUAGAUAUCAGUAAAAUGUCGACUCCGCUGCUUCUCAGGGCUUUCAUAAACGAUCGUCUGACGGCUGCUGCCGAGGAAAUAUUUCAGGUUUUUGAGCGAACGAUAGAAAGAUAUGAAGAAGAAGCUUCCAGCUCCAAACAGGAGAUUGAGCGUCUCAGAGGGCUGCUGCUGGACUUUGUGUCAAACAACAAAACAGACUUCUCUCAGUCGUCCAUCUCCAAAGAGGAAACUCCCUCUGAGCAGCACCACAGUGAGCAGGAGCCGAGCGUCUGUCAGAGUGACCCAGAGCCCCAACACAUUAAAGAGGAAGACGAUGAAGUCUGGGCCUGUCAGCAACAAGAAGAAGAACACGAGGUUCAAAAGUUCAAGGAUGCUGGAUUAUCGUACAUUCCUCAUUCAUCUGUCUGGGAGGAAAACGAGAUGGUGGACACAAAACCGCCUCUGCAACUUCAGACUCAAAACAGUGAAAUUGAGGAGCAGUUUCACGAACCUGUGCAGUUCACACUACCUCUCGGCUCGAGUCCGUCUUCACAAACUCUGAUCCACAAUGAACGGGUCCGAGAUGGUACGGAGAAUGAAAGACCUGCUGCAAGUUUAUCUUUAAACCAAACACAGACGGAACAAAGUCAGACUUCCUUUAUCACUUCCAGAGAAUCCUCUGAGUUGUCUCAUUUAAACGCAGUCGCACCCGAAUAUCGUUGCUAUUCGUGCGAUAAAUUUUUUUCCUCCAGUCAACACUUGACAAAUCAUGCUUUUCGCAUGCAUUUAAAGGAUGCAGACGUCCUCUGUGCCGUGUGCGGAAAGACCCUCGAGUCCACCGAAAGCCUUAACGUGCACCUUAAAUCCCACAGGAGCUCAAAGUGCUGUCACGUUUGUGGUAAACUCUGCAACAGCAACACCGCUCUGACUGAACACAUGGCCGGCCACGCCGGGGUGAAACUACAUCGCUGUCACAUUUGUGGGAAAGAGUGCAGCCGCAAAGGAGAUUUAAAGAUCCACAUGAGGAUUCACACGGGAGAGAAGCCUUUCUGCUGCUCUUUCUGUCAUAAAAGUUUCACCCACAGCGGACAUCUGAGGAAGCACAUGAGGAGCCACACAGGAGAGCGGCCGCACCAGUGUGAGAUCUGCGGCAGAGGGUUCCUACAGAGUGCACACCUGAAAUACCACUUAGGGACUCACACUCAGAAAUAUUGACUUUUUCAUCCACCUGGGCUCGUAUUUAUCAAAAAGUUCUUUGCUCGGUGUGUGCAUUAGGAAACAUUUAUUGAGGGACUUCUCCUUACAGCAAAGUGUAAAAGUUCAGAGUGGCUUAAACGAUAACAUGAUUAAAGCUGCUCCGGUAGGCACAUUUUUGGGGUUUUUUUGCAUCAUGGGGAAAAAAAAUCCUCAAUAACCUUUCAGCAUGUUGUAAUUGAAAUGAACUGAGAGAAAACUAGACUUUCCUCUUGGUUCUGUUUUCCAGCUUUAGAAAAUGUUGCCCGUUAUGGGAGAAUUUGCUCAUUCACAGGUCAUUUCAGGGUGACGGCAUUUCUCUUGGCUGCUCUACAAAUUCAGAUGGGUGUGCACGUUCCAGCCUGAUGACCAAGAGUCUUGCAAAGAAAGUUGCUAUUGGCAGCAACUGCCUGAACUGCAUUGCAAACCAAAAAAGGAAGACAGACUCAUCAAAAAGAGUCAGUAAAUACAAGUAAAAAAAAAAAAAAGGUAAUUCUGGCCACUAUAUAACUCUAUCAGGACCACAGCCGUGAUUGGCAUGAUUGAAAUCAGUGACAAGUAUUCGUGCAGGUGAAUGCAUGAAGCACACGUAACUGUAUGAAGAGCGUGCACAAACCCGUGCACAUCUGGAGAGAGGAGCUCAGGACGGAGAGGGGAGAGCUACAGGAACACACCUGUGCUUUGAAUUUUUUUGUUUUUCUUUUUCCAGAAAAAUGCCAACACAGCUAUUAUCAGAGCAGGAGCAGCCACUCAUUAACAGUUUAUUCUACAUCUGCCAUAUUGUAAAGUCUCUCACUGAAAGACGUGUUUUUUUUUAACUUAAAAUAUAAAAAUAAUAAUUGGCUAUAAUUGCAAGAAAAAACAGGAGAGAAAA